CUAACAAUCGUUGAAAUCAAGUGGAUCAUUACCUAACCUGAUUUUGAGCUCAUUUGAGCCCAAUCUAUUUUAGUCCGAAGUAAAUAUCCAAUCUGAUUUCUCAUUCACCACAUUUUAAUACCUUUUUUAAAAAAAAAGCAGGCCAAUUGCCAUAUAUAUCUUGCCCCUUUCUCUUUUGGGGCACUCUGGGUGCGGCUAACCUGCGCAUUUCUCCGAUGACCAAGGAAGGAUGACGACGGAGGAAGCUUACGAUGAUACCGAACUGGAGUGGCUUAACUAUUUCCAGUUUACAUUGUUAUAGAUAAGAAAUCGUAGUGGAGAGCAAUUCAACCAUCUGUGGGAAACUUCUGGUGUAAAAUGCGGCUAACCUGCAGUUCUCCAAUGGCAUGGGGACGACUCCCCGAGGAAGGUCAAGAACAAAGCUCAGGUGACUACUGAGGAAGCUUACGAUGCUACCGAACUGGAAUGGCCUUCCACUGUUGAUGCCUAAAUAUUUCCAGAUUAUGCGGAGGUAUUGAAUUUGGUUGGAGCAAUAUUUGAGCAUUUUGAUUAAUCAUCUGCACUAAAUCGAGACUCUUGAAGGUUCUUAGUGGUCUAUGAUGCCUCCUAAGGGAAUAGAGCAUUGCCGAAGUUUAAUGCCUGACGUCCUUAGCAACCUUCCCCAUAAUGUAAUCGAUGUCAUUCUGAUGCUUUUGCCUUGUAAAGAUGCUGUGAGGACAAGUGUUUUAUCAAAGGAAUGGAGAUAUCACUGGUGUAGACUUACAGGGUUAACUCUUGAUAGAUCUCUUUGGAAAACAACAAAGCAUUUACUAAACCCUACAGUUAGAUUUAGGGAGAUCAUCUACCAGCUUUUGACUCUUCAUGAAGGACCCAUUACUGAGUUUACCCUCGAUGUUGUUCGUCUAGAAAGUUGUCCUGAGAUUGACAACUUCGUAUUUUUCCUCAGGAAUCACAUUCAACAUCUUGUUCUUCACCUUCCAGUUAGAAAGCUAUACAAAUUGCCUUCUUCACUUUUCACAUGUUCGCAGCUGAGACAUCUAGAUCUUCAUUAUUGCUCGAUAGAUCAUUUAUCUUCCUUUCAAGGAUUUGAUAAGUUAAUCAGCCUGGAACUAUGUGGAAUCUCAAUUUCUUCUGAAUUGCUGGAAAGUUUAAUAUCUCAUUGCCCCUUGCUUGAGCAAUUGCUGCUGUCUAUCUCAAAAGAUUUAGACAGGAUUGAAAUUAAUGCCCCUAUGCUGAGAUUGUUCAGUUUCAUAGGUGAUAUAAGUUCUGUCUGCCUAAAGAAUGUCCCUCGUCUGGUAAACGUAUCUCUGGUAGGUGACAGUGUGCAGGCAGAGAAUCUUGAUUUUGCAAAGAUUUUUGAGUCUUGUUUUGCUCUCGAGCACCUCAGCUUUGACAUCUGUGAUUUGGGGUUCGUUGCUGGAGAAGGAUAUGAAGCACCAACAAGGCUUCCCUUUAAUCUUAACAAUGUCAAACGAUUUUGCCUGACUGACAUUUUGCUGGUGGAAUCAUAUAAGCUCUCAUAUGCUCUUUGCUUGAUAAGAAGCUUCCCAUAUUUGGAAUAUCUCGAAAUGCAGUUUGUUGAUGAUGAUGAUAGCGAUAGUGAUAGUGAUACCGAAGAAUCCCUUGAUCUCAAAAGUUUGUCAAACCUGACAUUUGAUCACCUUGGGGAAGUUAAGCUAGAAUGCUUUAUAGGAAGAACGUCUGAAUUGCAGUUUAUCAAGCAUUUGUUAGCCAACUCCCCCGUGUUAGAGAGAAUGCUAAUCAAUCGAGAGUUUCUAGAUCAGGAACCUCUUGACACAAGAGAAGAAAUAUUCAGUGAGAUCUCAAAUUUUCCGCGUGCGUCACCUGAAGCUGAAAUAGUCUUCAAAGAUUUAAGCAGAUCUUGAUCUUUGGCCUAGAAGAUUUAAUUGAAAAGCGAGAAAGAAACAUUCAUGUGGUAUUAUAGCUCUCUGUUUUGCCUUGCUGUAACGUCUAUUUUGGAACAUAAGCAUAACUUGGAUGGAUGUUUUGAUUAGUUUGCUGGAAUUACAUGUUGAAGGAUUUCUACA